AUGCCCCAGGCCUCUGAGCAUCGCCUGGGCCGAACUCGAGAGCCACCUGUUAAUGUCCAGACCCGUGUGGGAUCCAAGCUACCACUUGCCCCGCGGGCCCGAAGCAAGGAAUGCCGCAACCCAGCCUCUGGGCCAAACCCUAUGUUACGACCUCUGCCUCCCCGACCAGGUGUCCAUGAGGAACGGCUCAAGAAAUUGGAGCUAGGAUCUGGACGGACCUCAGGCUCUCGUUCCAGAGGCCCUCUUCGGGCAGAUCAUGGGGUUCCCUUGCCUGGAUCACCACCUCCAACUGUGGCUCUGCCUCUCCCAUCCAGGACCAACUUAGCUCGUUCCAAGUCUGUGAGCAGUGGUGACUUGCGCCCAAUGAGCAUUGCCUUGGGAGGACACCGUGCUGCUGGAGAGCUGGGGGCUGCACUGAGUCGCUUGGCACUCAGGCCUGAGCCACCCACUUUGAGACGGAGUACCUCUCUCCGCCGCCUUGGAGGCUUUCCUGGGCCCCCAACCCUGCUCAGCAUUCGAACGGAGCCCCCUACCUCACAUGGCUCCUUUCACGUGAUAUCUGCCCGGUCUUCUGAGCCUUUCUACUCGGAGGAUAAGAUGGCUCAUCAUACGCUGCUCCUAGGCUCUGGUCAUGUUGGCCUCCGCAAUCUGGGGAACACGUGCUUCCUCAAUGCCGUGCUACAGUGUCUGAGCAGCACUCGGCCACUUCGGGACUUCUGUCUGCGAAGGGACUUUAGGCAAGAGGUGCCUGGAGGGGGCCGAGCUCAAGAGCUCACUGAAGCCUUUGCAGAUGUGAUUGGUGCCCUGUGGCACCCUGACUCCUGCGAAGCUGUGAAUCCUACUCGAUUCCGAGCAGUCUUCCAGAAAUAUGUUCCCUCCUUCUCUGGAUACAGCCAGCAGGAUGCCCAAGAAUUCCUGAAGCUCCUCAUGGAACGGCUACAUCUAGAAAUCAACCGACGGGGCCGCCGGGCACCUCCAAUCCUGGCCAACAACCCAGCCCCUUCACCACCCCGUCGAGGAGGGGCUCUGUUAGAAGAACCUGAGCUAAGUGAUGAUGACCGAGCCAACCUAAUGUGGAAGCGUUACCUGGAGCGAGAGGACAGCAAGAUUGUGGACCUGUUUGUGGGCCAGUUGAAAAGUUGCCUCAAGUGCCAGGCCUGUGGGUAUCGCUCCACGACCUUCGAGGUUUUUUGUGACCUGUCCCUGCCCAUCCCCAAGAAAGGAUUUGCUGGGGGCAAAGUCUCUUUGCGGGAUUGUUUCAGCCUUUUCACCAAGGAAGAAGAGCUGGAGUCGGAGAAUGCCCCAGUGUGUGACCGAUGUCGGCAGAAAACACGAAGUACCAAAAAGUUGACAGUACAAAGAUUCCCCAGAAUCCUCGUCUUAGAUCUGAAUCGAUUUUCUGCUUCCCGUGGCUCCAUCAAGAAAAGUUCAGUAGGUGUAGACUUCCCACUGCAACGACUGAGCCUAGGAGAUUUUGCCAGUGACAAAUCAGGAAGCCCCAUCUACCAGCUCUAUGCCCUUUGCAACCACUCGGGCAGCGUCCACUAUGGCCACUACACAGCCCUGUGCCGGUGCCAGACUGGUUGGCAUGUCUACAAUGACUCUCGUGUCUCCCCUGUCAGUGAAAACCAGGUGGCAUCCAGUGAGGGCUAUGUGCUGUUCUACCAACUGAUGCAGGAGCCACCCCGGUGCCUGUGA